GACGAAGACUAGGUUACUUUGGUUUACUUUAGGGCAUUCAAUGAAAAUAAUCUACUUGUUACAUUGUUGCCCCUUUUGUACACAGUAGCUGCAACAUUGCAACACUUUGUCGCCAUGUAUCAUUAUAUAAAGAAUAGGCAACUCACGGGAUUCCGUAGUCAAACCCCGAUGACGAAAAAGUCUCCUGAAACCAGUAACGCUAGCACCCAGAGCUAGCUGCAGCAACAUCUCACUAUAUUUUAGUCAGUAGUAUGUUUAAUACUCAUCUUUGAAUUACAUUGUUAGCUAGUUUGGACCAGAUGGCUGCGAAAAUCAACGAGGCGCACGACCACAUUGCCAAGGCUGAAAAAUAUUUAAGGACUAGUUUCAUGAAAUGGAAGCCUGACUAUGACAGUGCUGCAUCAGAGUACUCAAAAGCAGCUGUUGCCUUUAAAAAUGCCAAGAUGCUUGAAGAAGCGAAGGAGGCAUACCUGCAAGAGGCAGAAGCCCAUACCAACAACAAAACACUAUUCCAUGCUGCCAAAGCACUUGAAGCAGCUGGUAUGAUGCUUAAGGACAUGCAGAGGAUACCAGAGGCUAUCCAGUACAUUGAGAGAGCAAGCAUGAUGUAUGUAGAGAACGGCACACCGGACACUGCAGCCUUGGCCCUCGACAGAGCUGGAAAGCUAAUCGAAUCACAGGAUCUAGCAAAAGCAGUGGACCUGUACCAGAAAGCUGCAUCAGUGUUUGAGAACGAGGACCGUCUACGUCAAGCUGUAGAGAUGCUGGGGAAAUCAUCAAGACUGCUCGUCAGGCAACACAAGCUUGAUGAAGCAGCAGUGUCGAUUCAGAAGGAGAAGAACAUGUAUAAAGAAAUAGAGAAUUACCCAACGUGUUUUAAGAAAACCAGUGCCCAAGUGCUAGUCCACCUUCACAGAAAUGACUUCGUAGCAGCAGAUAAAUGUGUCCGAGAGAGUUACAGUCUGCCAGGCUUCAGUGGGAGCGAGGACUGUAUUGCCUUGGAGCAACUCUUGCAGGGCUACGACGAGCAGGAUGAGGACCAAGUGCACCGUGUCUGUAACUCGCCCUUAUUCAAGUAUAUGGACAAUGAUUAUGCCAAGUUGUCCGUCAGCCUGAGGGUUCCAGGGGGUGGUAAGAAGAAGAAGGCGCCAGCUGCCGAUGCUGGGGAAGGAGGAGCAGGUGCCGGAGAGGCUGACGAGGAUGAGUAUGCUGGUGGGCUAUGUUAGCCACAGAACCUGGACUUCAUGUCUGGACCAAAACACUUCCUGUUGCCUGUUAGGAGGGGAGUCUGAAUCUUCCACAGCCUGUCCUCCCGUUCUGAGCAUGUCAGGGGGUUGUGAACUUACCCUCCCAUCUCCAGAAUCCAAGCAACAACUGCAGGCACUCGGACCAUACAUGCAUAACGAGUUAUGCUCAGAACAAUAACAUAAGCAUGGUAACAUCAGUGUGGAAAAUAAUCAUAUGCUACUCAAUCAUUUGAAUAUAUAUUAUUUGUCCCUUUUUGGGUUUACUGUGAUUGUAAAAUAUUGUUUAUUUUGCUGCAUUUAAAGUGAUAUAAAAUAUUAGAUUGCUUUUGUUGUAUGUGCCUCAGUGGAUAGAUCAGUGGUGUUUUUUUAUCUUUAAAUCUACAACCGUAUGCAACAAGAUACACAGUGUGAAAAUAUUGAUUUGAACAUUUAACUGACAAUCUAAAAAUGCUGUGCCUCAAUGAUUGAUGUGUAAAGGGGUGGAUAAAUCCAUUUCUGAAUUUCUAUAGUAUAAAGUGUUAAAAACAGCUAUUUCAGUUGCUAUUGUCUGUGUGAAGGCUACACUCAUAUAUGGAAUCAAAUGAAUGUUGAGAAAAUAAUAUAGUGGGUAAUUUGGUAUAAAGUKAUUUAUUUUUUUGUUUCGUCAGGAUUUCAGAAUGCCUUUCUAGUUUUCAUAUGGUUAUGCUUUUUAACCAACUGAAAGAUAGAAAUGAUGAUUCCUGUUUACAACUAAUCUUAAAAUGUGUGUCAAGUAUUGUGGAGCAUGCAGGCUAGAUGUUUGUGGCAUGCCCUCUUGUGUUUUUACUGAAUCAAGUCAGAAUGGAAUAAAAUGGCAGCACGUCA